AUUUCCCAGGCAUGUUUCGCCAUUCUUGUGGAGUUGGAUCCGCUCUAGGCACAACAAGCUAGGAGAUCUCUGUUCUGGCCGCUGUCGCCUAGGCUGUCGUUCUUCCUGGAGCAGAAGACCUAGCAGCUAUAGCCAUGAGCGGUCACGAUUCGAAGUAUUUUACGACAACAAAGAAGGGCGAGAUUCAUGAAUUGAAAGAGGAGCUCAAUUCUCCGUACAAGGAGAAAAGGAAGGAUGCGGUCAAGAAGGUCAUUGCAGCCAUGACCGUAGGGAAGGACGUCUCCAUGCUGUUCACAGAUGUCGUGAACUGCAUGCAGACCGAGAACCUGGAGCUGAAGAAGCUUGUCUAUCUGUAUCUCAUUAACUAUGCCAAGAGCCAGCCGGAUCUUGCCAUCCUCGCUGUCAACACAUUCGUCAAGGACUCACAAGAUCCAAAUCCGCUCAUUCGGGCCUUGGCGGUCCGAACAAUGGGAUGCAUUAGGGUUGAUCGUAUCACGGAGUACCUGUGUGACCCGCUGCAGCGAUGCCUGAAGGACGACGACCCAUACGUUCGGAAGACCGCAGCAAUCUGUGUGGCCAAACUCCACGAUAUUAACGCAGAGCUUGUCGAGGAUCGUGGUUUCUUAGACAUACUGCGGGAUAUGAUCUCGGACAGCAAUCCCAUGGUCGUGGCCAACGCAGUUGCCGCGCUGUCUGAGAUUCAAGAAGGCAGCAGCAAGCCUGUCUUCGACAUCACGCCUAAUACAGUCUUCAAGCUGCUUGCUGCACUGAACGAGUGUACGGAGUGGGGACAGGUCUUCAUCUUGGACUCUCUUUCCAAGUACAAAGCACGAGAUGCUCGUGAAGCUGAGGGGAUUGUGGAACGCGUCACUCCUCGCCUGCAGCAUGCAAAUUCAGCUGUUGUCCUUUCCGCUGUUAAGGUCAUUCUGCUGCAAAUGGAGCUCAUUACAAGCACUGACUUGAUACGGAACCUCUGCAAGAAGAUGGCACCUCCAUUGGUCACGCUACUUUCGUCAGAGCCUGAGAUUCAGUAUGUGGCUUUGCGAAACAUCAAUCUCGUCGUUCAGAAGAGGCCAUCAAUUCUCGCACAUGAAAUCAAGGUCUUCUUUUGCAAGUAUAAUGACCCCAUCUAUGUGAAGAUGGAGAAGCUGGAGAUUAUGAUUCGCCUGGCAUCUGAAAGGAACAUUGAUCAGGUGCUACUGGAGUUCAAGGAGUAUGCGACUGAGGUGGAUGUGGACUUCGUUAGAAAGGCUGUUCGAGCUAUUGGCAGGUGUGCCAUCAAGCUUGAGAAGGCUGCAGAGCGAUGCAUCAAUGUCCUCCUCGACCUUAUUAAGAUCAAGGUCAAUUAUGUCGUCCAAGAGGCGAUUGUUGUGAUCAAGGACAUCUUCCGCAGAUACCCAAACACGUACGAAUCCAUCAUUGCAACACUCUGUGAAAGCUUAGACAACCUGGAUGAACCAGAAGCGAAGGCGUCAAUGAUCUGGAUCAUUGGAGAGUAUGCUGAGCGCAUUGACAAUGCAGAUGAACUUCUGGAAGGCUUUCUGGAAAGCUUCUUGGAGGAGCCUGCUCAGGUUCAACUGCAGUUGUUGACUGCAGCUGUGAAGCUUUUUUUGAAGAAGCCCACGGAGGGCCCACAACAAAUGAUUCAGGAAAGUUCAUUGCGUUACUGUUAUGCUGUAUGUUUCAUGUUUGGUCUGUUGGCUUUACUGAGAGUUGUUUUUCUCUUGCAGACGGUUCUCAACAAUGCAACUCAAGAGACGGAUAACCCUGAUCUUCGUGACCGUGCCUAUGUGUACUGGCGGCUCCUCUCCACUGACCCCGAGGCAGCAAAAGACAUUGUCCUUGCAGAGAAGCCAACUAUCAGUGACGAGGUUUCUGGCCUAGACCCGGAUUUGCUGGCCGAGCUCCUGCGCAACAUUGCCACCUUGUCUUCUGUCUAUCAGAAGCCACCGUCAGCCUUUGUCUCUCGUCUCCGCUCUGCUGUGCCUGCAUCAGCAGCUGAGCCCUCAGAGGAGUACGAGGAGUCGUCUGCUCCUGUUUCAGGUGGCGCCCCUCCAGCUUCAGCAGCUGCUGCUCCUGCUCCAUCCCCUUCCCCUGCUGCUCCUGCCCCUGCAGCUGCUCCUGCACCACCUGACCUGCUCGGCGAUCUUAUGGGUUUGGAUGCUGCCGUAGUCCCUGUGCCUGAGGCAACUUCUGGACCUCCUCUUCCAGUUCUUCUAGCAGCAUCAGCUGGUCAAGGGUUGCAGAUCAAUGGUCAAUUGGAGCGCAAGGAUGGCCAGGUGGUUUACCGUGUGAAGUUAGACAACAACUCUAGCACAGCUUUGGAUGGAUUCAUGAUGCAGCUCAAUAAAAACUCCUUCGGCAUAUCUGCUCCGCCUGGUGUUCUACCUGUGCCUCCUCUGCAACCAGGUGCAUCAGCAACAGCUGAUCUGCCGUUGACCCUUUUUCAGAACGUGUCCCCCCCUCCUCCGUCGUCUGUCCUGCAAGUUGCGGUGAAAAACAACCAGCAGCCGGUUUGGUAUUUCACUGACAAAAUCAGGGUGCAGGCAUUUUUCACAGAAGAAGGACGGAUGGAACGCGGAAUGUUUCUUGAGACGUGGAAGGCGCUUCCAGAUUCCAAUGAGGUCUCCCGUGAUCUGCCGGGCAUUACCAUCUCCAACAUUGACUCUGUCUCGGAGAAGCUGGCACUGAACAAUGUGUUCUUUGUGGCGAAGCGACACCUCAAGGAUACCAACCAAGACAUUCUCUACCUCUCUGCCAAGCUUGCCCCGUCCAUCCCUAUUCUUCUGGAGAUAACCUUCUUGCUUGGUGUUGCAGGCACCAAGUGUGCCGUCAAGACGCCGAGUCCUGAGUGGGCACCACUUGUCUUUGAGGCUCUUGAGAGCAUUCUUCAGUAAACCUGGCUCUGGAUUGGUAUUUGACUAUCAAGCUGUAGCUCUCCAGAUUAUGAUACCUCCUUAGUAGUACAAAGAAUCGUGAAGAAAGCAUUACAGCAUGCAAUAGAUUGGGGUGAGAAUAUAGAAAGUGAUUGCGGCAACAUACAAUUUUUAUGCCAUUUUUAGAAGUGUAUAUGUUUUGAAGCUUUUGUUUUAAUCACCAUCCCGUCUGGAUGGUGUAGUCGGUUAUCACGCCAGUCUCACACAC